UGGAGGCUGGAGUUUUACCCGAGCGCUGCAGGUUGUUAAGCUGUGCUGUCUCCAGGGAUCGGGCGGCUGUUUCUUCUGUCGGGAUCUGAUCGUGAUGGGGACUCAGGCGAAAGCCGGGAGGAGUCAGUUGCUUUUCUUCACCUCAGUGAUCCUGUAUCCCCUGGUGCUCAGCAAGGGUACAGUGUACACGUCUGAAACUUUAGUUCGAGUUCCUCAAAAUAACUCGGUCAAGUUGUCCUGCUCCUACUCUGGGUUCUCCAACCCCCGUGUGGAGUGGAAGUUUGUCCAAGGUGACACCACCAGGCUAAUUUGCUAUAACAGCAAGAUCACAGCUUCCUAUGAAGACCGAGUUACCUUCUCACCGACUGGCAUCACCUUUAAAUCUGUGACCCGGAAAGACAGUGGGAUGUAUACUUGUAUGGUCACUGAAGACAAUGGCAAUAACUAUGGGGAAGUCACCAUCCAGCUCCUUGUGGUUGUGCCUCCAUCCAAGCCUACAUUAGACGUCCCCUCCUCUGCCACCAUUGGGAACCGGGCUGUGCUAACCUGCUCAGAACAAGAUGGAUCCCCGCCUUCUCAAUACUACUGGUUCAGGAAUGGCGUUCGCAUGCCUGUGGAUCCUGCCCAGAACCGAGCCUUUAGCAAUUCCUCCUAUACCCUGAAUCCCGAGACAGGGGAGCUGAUCUUUGAUCCUGUGACGGCCUCUGAUACCGGAGAAUACAAGUGUGAGGCACGCAAUGGCUACGGGGUAGCCAUGCUGUCGGACAGUUCACACAUGGAAGCAGUGGAACUGAACGUGGGGGGCAUCGUGGCAGCUGUCCUAGUGACACUGAUUCUUCUUGGAGUCUUGAUUUUUGGUAUCUGGUUUGCCUAUAGCCGAGGCUACUUUUACAGAGCAAAAAAAGGGGCUUCCACCAAGAAGGUGAUUUACAGCCAACCGAGUGCUCGAAGUGAUGGGGAGUUCAAACAGACCUCAUCCUUCCUGGUGUGACCCAGUUGGGCUCAUCUCUGCUUGUCACACUCAGGUGCUACCAGAUGUCAGUGCCUUCACAGGAUGCCUUCAAUGUCCUUUAGAACCCCAUCCCCACUUUAUCUUAGUUAGGAUGUGAUUUUAAUAACAUCAGCAAUGGGUGCCUUUCUUCUUUCUCCCA